CUGCGCCGAGCUGGGCGCGCUGCGGCCUCGAGGCCACCCCUCCCCCCACGGGCCCGCAGGCCUCUCGGUCGGCGCAGGCGCAUUGCGCGUCCGCGCCGAUGGCCCUCAGGUGCGCUUGCGCACAAACUGCGCGGGAAAAGGUGCGGCCGCCUCGGAGGGCGCGCGCGGAGAUGGCUGCGAGGGCCCCGGCGGCGGCGGCGGCGGGCCCUCCCGGGCUCGGGAGGGACGAAGCGGCGGUGCUGCUCCUCGACAAGGCCCAUUACCGGCACGACCCGCGCUGGCUGCUGCCCGUGUCCCCACGCCUCUGCCUGGCCUGCGCGCUGGAGCUGCUGCCGGAGCCCGGCGUGUCGUUGGUGCGCAAGAAGCACGUGGUGUCCUGCUUCCGCGAUGCCCUCGUGAGGCAUACCUCCCUGGUCACACAGCUGGUGGCUCAGGACCAGAGAGUCUGCAUCCACUUCAUACAGAUACUUUUUGGGCUGUUACGCAAUGUGGAAGAUGGGAGUGCAAUAGACCUCUGUAUUGAAGUCCUUAUCCAGCUGACAACGCAGCUGAAGCUGGAGCAGACCGUCCAUUGCCUGCUGAAUGAGUGCCAUAAAGAGCUGUGUAGCAUGCCCUCCAUGCGAGGCAGCCUGGUCACCUUCUCCCUCCUUGGCAAGUUGGUGGAUGCCAUCCCUGCUCUGGCAGACAAGCUUGUGGUGGAGCACGGCAGACUGAUGGAGCAUCUGCUGAGAGGCCUGGCAUACCCCAGUGAGGGGGUGCAGGCUGCCGCGUGCUACCUCUACGGGAAGCUCUACUCCUCCCCGGUGGCCGCUGAGGUGCUUUCAGGCCACUUCCGAGAGAAGCUGUGUCCCCUCUUCCUCUCCACUCUGGAUGUUGCCCAGACAAAGGAGCUGCAGAUCAACUGCUUGGGUUUGCUGAGGCAGCUGCUGAAGUAUGAUCUCUUUGUAUCUGUGAUCAUGAACAAAUCUGCGUUGGCCGAGAGUGCUGAGAGUGAUGGGCGACUGCCAGGAGAGACUUCACUGCCGUUGGUGCUCAAAAAGCUUCUCCUCUCUAGAGAUGAAACGCUGCAGGUGGCCAGUACCCAUUGUAUAACUGCAGUGCUGGUCCACUCCCCAGUGAAGUAUGCCCUGGCCUUCAUCCAUGCUGAUAUCCCAGAGUUCCUCUUCGAACACCUUUCCUCUUCCAGUGAAGUGCUUGUCUGGUCCAGCUGCAGCUCCUUGAUACUCCUGGCAGAAGAGCCGCUCUUCUUCUCCAAGUGCCACACGGUGUACGGGAUCGAGGCCGUGGUGAGGAGCCUGCAGGGAAGCCUGAAGACGAACAACACGGAGCUGCAUAAGCAGGGUCUGCUGCUCCUUGCUGAGAUCCUGACUCGGCAGCCAGAGGAGAUCAGGCUGUUCGCAAGCUCUGCCGUGUGCAGAAGUGCUGCCCGUGCCCUCCGAGAGGCGGUGAGCAGCCCCGUGCUGGAGGUGGCUGCUGAGGCAGUGAAGGCCACUUCCGCUUUCCUGAGGAAGGAUCAUCAGAGUGCUCUGCCUGUGCAGUACAGGGAGCUGCGGGCCUUGCUUGAAGCCAUGCUGGGCCGGUGUGUGGAAUUCUCCCAGGCUCCGCUGAACAGAAGGCCCCUGGGCCAUGCCUCCAAUAGGGAUUCAGAGAAGGCCAUUUUUCAGAGGGGGAGGUUCCUCCUGAGCACUCUGGAGGGCUUUAGAAAUGCCUGCAGGUUGGCUGUGGAGUUCCAGAGUGAGCCUUUGGCCCAGGAGAAUCCAUUCACAGCUCCAAGCGCCGAGAAAGAAGACACGUUGGAAGCCUUCUCAGAGUUUCUUCUCAGUGUCUGUGACUCUCUGUGUAUCCCCAUGGUGAUGAGGCACUUGGAGCAGGCCACUCAGCCAGCCUUGAUGGAAGUUUUCCUGUCUGUUCUGCACAGCCUGUUCGUCAUCGUUCCCCACAUGAAGGAGAAGUUCUCGAAGAAACUCGCUGCCUCAUCUUUCAUACAACUGACCCUGGAGCUGAAGGCCGUGUUCUGCAGUGGCCCGAGCUACUCAGCCCUAAACCAGGUGUGUUCCAGUUUCCUCUACUACAUGUGUCUCAACCUGCUCUCAGCUCCAGAGAAGACAGGACCACCUUCCCAAGAAGAACUCUCUGCAGUGUCUGAGAUCCUGCAGCACAGGCUGCCCCAGAUAAGCAGCAGAAACCUUGAGAGCCUGGCCUUCCUGUCCGAUCGCCAGUAUGUGGAGGGAGCAGCUCGCCAGAGACAGUACUGCAUCCUGCUCCUCUUCUACCUGGCCUACAUCUACGAGGACAGGUUUGUCUCAAAGGCUGAGUUAUCUGUGGCUGUGCAGAGCUUCCUCCUGUCCCUGCAGGACCAGGGCGAGUGCCCUCCACUGAUUGUCCUCAAAGCCUCCAUCUACCUGCUUGCGAUCUGCCAGGACCAGGACAGUGCGCUGGAUGAGGUGGUGGUCAGUGCAAUCAGAAAAUUCCUGGAAGGCAUCGUGGACCUGCACCUGGUCUACACCCACCACCCACUCCUUCUCAGGUUCUUCCUGCUGUAUCCAGAGCUGAUGAGUAGGUUUGGGCAGCGUGUUCUGGAACUGUGGUUCUCCUGGGAAGAUAGCAGCUGUGAGGAACUGGAUGACGUCCCCAGUGCUGGGCAUCCCGCCCUUCCUGCCAGCCUAGCAGCUCUGUUCCAGACGCUCAGAAGCAGCCCCAGCAUCCUGCUCAUUUUGCUAGACCUCAUCUAUUCCAGCCCGGUGGACACGGCCCGCAAGGUACUGAUUGUCCUGAGGACCUUCCUGCGGAGGAAUGAGGAUGUGCAAGUGGGCGGCCUCAUCCGAGGCCACUUCCUGCUGAUCCUGCAGCACCUGCUGGUGGAGCAUGGGGCCUCUCCCUCAGGAGCCUCGGGGAACCUGCCGCUGCUGCUGAGCCUCCUCUCCUUGGUGCAGCUGAGGAGCAAAGCAGAGCAGGAGCUGGACAGCAUGGCCAUGAAGCUCCUUCACCAAGUGAGCAAGCUGUGUGGGAAGUGCAGUCCCACUGAUGUUGACAUCCUGCAGCCCUCCUUCAACUUCCUGUAUUGGAACCUGCAGCAGACCACGCCCAGCAGUCAGAAAAGAGCUGCUGCGGUUCUUCUGAGCAGCACGGCCCUGAUCGUGCUUCUGGAGAGGCUGCUGGCGCUCACCUGGGCAGAGACAGACUCUCCCACGACCAUGCUCCUCUGCUCCGCCUGGCUGCUCACUGCCUCCUUCUGCGCCCAGCAGCACCAGGGCAGUCUGCAGGUUCACCAGACGUUGUCUGUGGAACUGGACCAAGUAAUGAAGGCACUCAGCUUUCCAAAGAAAACAGCUGCACUGCUCUCAGCCGCCAUCUUACGCUUCCUGCGGACAGCCCUGCAACAAAGCUUUUCCUCCAGCCUGGUGGCCCUGGUGCCCUCAGAGGCCCGGCCACCAGCAGCCCCUGAGGAUGCUGUCCUGGCUCCACUGGGAACAUCACAAGUACUGUCCUUGGUUGUUGGGCUGCAGAACCUCCUGGUGAAGAAGGACCCUCUCUUGUCCCAGGCCUGUGUCGGCUGUCUGGAGUCUUUGCUUGACUACCUGCAUGCCCGGAGCCCAGACGUUGGUAGAGUAGAAACCCUCCUCUUCCUCCCAUGUUGUCAUGGGGGAGAUUGGAGGGAGCCAGCCCUGCCACCCUCCUGCCCCAGGCUUCCAGCCCGUUAUGUGACUCAUACUCAUUUUGUUUAUGAUGUGCCCAGCCAAGGCCACAACGCUCUUAACGUGGCAGAGCCCUUUCUGUCUGCCUUCUACAGUCAUGGGAUAUAUAGUCUCUCCAGACCAGCCGACAGGGUGGACAGAAGCCCAGGGAAUAAACCUCCGGGGUCAGCCUGUCCAGUGCCCCGCCUCCAGCUGAGCAGCCCCUUUUUGAGCCAACAGGGAGGUCCUUCUUUGCUGGGUUCCUGGGUCUCUGGAAAAGCAGCAUUAAGGCCCAGGGUGACCGUGUUUCCUGCAGCACUGCAUGUGGCCUCCCAGCCCUGGAACCGGUUUCUGCUGUUUACCCUUUUGGACGCUGGAGAGAAUUCCUUCCUGAGACCCGAGGUCUUGAGGCUCAUGACCCUGUUUGUGCAGUACCGGAGCAGCAGCGUCCUCUCUCGUGAAGAGGUGGGUCAUGUUCUGCAAGGCGCGGCUGUGGCUGACCUGUCUACCUUGUCCAACGCCACACUCCAGGCCCUGCGUGGCUUCUUCCUGCAGGUCCAGAGCACGGGUCUCCUGACUGACGACAACGCGGCCAAGACGCUGCAGGCCUUUUUGGAGGGCCUGUCACCCGGCGCCCCCUCGGCCCAGCUACCCCCGCAGGACAUGCUCUGCUUGGGAGGGGUGGCCGUCUCCUUGUCCCACAUCAGCGAUUGACCUUGGGCAGAUGGGCGACACCAGCAGCUGUUCGUCCACUGCCCAAGUGGAAUAAAAGUGACCCAUCCAUAACAGCGUGGACAGACUCCUAAAAUCACGGGGCACCUCCUGCAGCCGGCCUGCGCCAGCGGGGCGGGAGACUCAGCAGGGAACGGGCGGGCCCCAGAGGGGCGAGUGUGCUGUGGUGGCAGCACGGGGGGACCCGAGAACCCUGGUCCCGCCGCCGGGGCUCCGAGUUACCCCGCGGAGGUGCUGGGCUCCGGGCGACUCCCGGCCCACCGGCCUCAGCCCUUCCGCGGUCCGACUGGGCGCCCCUUGCCCCUUCCCGGCCGGACCCGAUCCCGCGGGAGCGGUGGGCUCCCGGCCCCGAGCCCGCAGCCGGCCACACCACCCUCGGGUCCUCCGGGUUCCCGCGCCCCGGCCGCGCGCACGCCUCCCCCACGGCAUCGGUGGACCCGAGGGGCGAGUCCGGCGGGGCUCUAGUAAUUCCUUAAAAAAGGAAAAAUUUUAAAAAAGUGCCUGUCACGACCCACUCAACUGAUCCCGCGGACCGAAUCUCAGAAAACGCGCUCCGGACGUCGGUGCGGUCUCGGGAGAGCACGUGGAGGGCCGCCCGCCCGGCGGAGGGUCGGGGCCCAGGUUUGCCCACGCGCCCGUCAAGCGAGCGCAGACCCCGCCUCC